CCGCGACAACUCAAACAGCACCGCCCAGCAUGUCCUAUUUCAUGACCCAUCUGCAUUCCGGCUGGCACGUCGACCAGGCCAUCCUCGUCGAAGAAGACCGUGUCGUCUGUAUCCGGUUCGGUCACGACCACGAUGAGGACUGCAUGGCCAUGGAUGAAACUCUCUAUGGUGUCUCGGAAAAGGUCCAGAAUUUUGCCGUCAUCUACCUAGUUGAUAUCACUGAAGUGCCCGACUUUAACAAGAUGUACGAGCUGUAUGAUAAUUGCACCCUCAUGUUCUUCUACAGAAAUAAACACAUCAUGAUCGACUUGGGAACCGGUAACAACAACAAGAUCAACUGGCCGAUAUCAGAUAAGCAAGAGAUGGUGGACGUGAUAGAGACUGUGUACAGAGGAGCUUCCAAGGGUCGUGGUUUGGUCGUGGCUCCCAAGGACUACUCGACAAGACACAAAUACUAGAAUCUCUAGAGCUCUGGGACUGGGGAUAUGGGCGUAUGCGCUGCGUUGUAUG